GGUUGGCUUUAGAGUGUGGUGAAGGGUACUUUUCAUGGUGCAUGGAAGGAAAGCCAAUGCGCAGAGAAUUUUGUUAGGCCAACAAAAGACAUGAACUUUUGUAGUUCCAGUGCUGAGGGACAUAAAGAAGUCUGUAACCUUGCAAGUGGUGUCAGAUUAAAAAGUUUGUCACUUCCAGCAUCUUUAAAAGAAACCUCUCUGGUCCAGCUGGAUAGCAUGAGCCUUUCCCAGCAGAUGCUGGUGAGAUGCGCUGCCAUCACUGGUCUGACAACAGAACUGUUGUUUGAAAUUCUCCCCUGCUGGAACAUGAAGAUGAUGAACAGGGCCCUGGCCACCAUAGUGAAAUCAAAUGUUUUUUAUUGCUUCUGGAAUGGCAAGGAUCUUCAAUUGGCCCUAAAACAGAAUGUGUCCACAUUUGAGGUGCAUUAUGGCUCCAUGGCCGUGAGGCCCAGUGAAGGGUUGGCUCACUGUGAGGAGGAAGAACUCCAUGAAAUGGAGGGAGAGUUGAUGGAGUGCCACAUCCUUCUCUUCUGUAGACCUGUGAUGCAGAAAACAGCCUAUGAGCUGUGGCUCAAGGAAGAGAAAAAAAGUCCUGCAUUUGAAAUGUGCCCAUCGAUGCAACCACUGCCGAAACAGAGACUUCAGUCCUUAUCACCACUUCAUAGUGGACGUUCGACUCAACACUUUGGGCAUAGAUACAGUUAAGAAGAUGGCAAAGUCCCAAGGAUUUAAAAGUAAACUUGCUUCCUUCCUAACCAAUCGCAACUCUUCCUGGGAAGUCUGGAGAUUAAACUCUAGAAGGAGUGGAUCUGGACCUUGAAGGCUUCAAGUUCCCUGGGGGGCUGGGG